AUGCGUGGAAUCAACGGUCCGUUGACAGUGGAGAAUUUGGGCAAAUUGGACGAUCUGCAAGAAGAGUCUCUGAGAGACAUAGACAUGGACGAACGCAGCACUUCUAGUCUGCCAGCGAGUGAAGAGUUUCAAGACGAAGCCGGAACGCAAAGCGGAAUGGAAACGGGAUCCAGGGGCUCCGGUUCGAAUUCCUCCAAGCCACUCCUCCGCUGGAACAAAGGAGUUGAGGGAGACAUGUACGGGGCGGAAGGAGAUCUUCUGUGGAAGGCACUCGUCGUCACGCUACUCACCAUGAUUGGUACUGCGGCUGGAUUCAUUUACCUCUUUGGGCUCAUUGAAGGAGACGUACAAACUGCGGAGAGGUUUCAAACCUAUGCCGUUCAGUUGCAGCAUAGAGGACCUGAUCAAGCCAAGGGCAUCAAUGGGUUGCUAGCUACUUGGACAGAUCAUGCGUCUUCCUAUGCCACGGAACACUCCGACAUUUGGCCCUUUCAUAGGUUUGCUCACUUCUCACACCUCGCACACCAGCAAAAGCAGCUUCAUCUCGUGCAAGACUCUGCAACCGCAACGCAAGUCGAAUGGAUUGCCUCGGCUCCUCUCAUAUCCAACGAACUCAGGGCCAACUGGGAAAUGUACUCUGCGCCAAAGUCCAUUGAAACACAGCACCAACACCAACACACUGCUACUAUACACUACUACGACUCGGCAGACCAACAAACGGUCCCGGAACCAGCGGGAUCAGGACCCUUCACGCCGCUCUUCCAAAUGGACAUUACGGCUUCCUACAACUUUGUGCCAUUUGCGUCUGCCACACUGCUCAACCUCAACCUCCUAUCCAUUCCGGCAUUCACUAGAGCUUUCUCAUUGGCCACUUUCUCAUCCGAACCCGUACUCUCAGAACCUCUCAUUCUCAACGAGUACUUGACACAAUUCAUGCUCGGACAAGACGCCAUGCAAGAGCCAUACGCAUUUCUGCUCAAUCCAAUCCUGAAUGGAACCGUAGCUGCGGCAACCACACAAACACAGGACACCCUAGGAGUUGUCGUGGGACUCGUACCCUACAAGUCAUUCAUGCAAAACAUCAUUUCAAAAGAUGCUAACGGAAUCUUUGUCGGUGUCGCACCUUCCAAACUAUGUUCCGACUCGCAGCAAAACAAUCUUCAAAAAUACACCUUCUCAAUCAACGGACCCAAUGUUGAAUUCAAGGGAGAAGGAGACAAACACGAUACUUCCUACAACUUUCACGAAAAGAUUGUACCCUGGGACCCAUUCUUGGCAGAGCAUUUACACGUCGUCGCGGGAGAAAACAAUCACACAAUCGCCGCGCAGACAAUACUCAACGAGUACUUUCAGGACAUUGCCAAAGCCAGAAACGACAACACCAACUACUGUCCCUACGAACUACGAAUGUAUCCGUCGGAUGCAUUUUACAACGGAUACCGGUCCGAUGCUCCACGCAUCUUUGCAGCAUUCCUCGUCGGAAUCUUUCUAUUUGUAUACCUCAUACUCGUACUAUACAACUACAUUAUGAAGCGAAAAGACAAAAUGGCUUUUGCUGCAGUACAAAAAUCAGCGGCCAUUGUCGACAUGUUCUUCCCAAAAGAAGUCAAAGACCGAUUGCUGGAAGAACAACAAGACGCUGCAUUUGCCGCAGGAGGAGGAGGAGAAGCUGGAGCAUUUGAUGCCGAUAACAGUCAACAGUUUGUUCCCAAUGAGGGAGACGCAUACGACAUUAAUCGAUUCCUUGACGAUAAACCCAUCGCUUCGCUCUUUCCCGAAACCACCGUCAUUUUUGCAGACAUUGCCGGCUUCACGGCAUGGAGCUCGGAGAGAGAGCCAUCGCAAGUAUUCAUUUUGCUCGAAACGAUUUAUGGUGAAUUUGACAAAAUUGCCAAAAGGAGAAAAGUUUUCAAAGUUGAAACAAUCGGAGAUUGCUAUCUGGCGGUUACGGGAAUUCCAGAUCCUCAAGAAGAGCAUGCAGUUAUCAUGUGCCAAUUCGCGCGAGAAUGCAUGUCGAAGAUGUACGAAGUGACUGCUGCCUUGGAGUUGACGUUAGGCCCCGACACCAGCGAUUUAGCAAUGAGGAUGGGACUUCACAGUGGGCCUGUCACUGCGGGGGUUCUAAGGGGGCGAAAGUCGCAUUUCCAGCUCUUUGGGGACACAGUGAACACCGCAGCGCGAAUGGAAAGCACUGGAACGAGGGAGAAAAUUCAGAUAUCGCAGGAAACAGCAGAGUUGGUUCGCAAGUCGGGAAGAGGGCACUGGAUCAAAGAACGGGAGAAUGCUGUGGAAGCCAAAGGCAAAGGCUGCUUGUCAACCUUCUGGCUGUUACCUCGGACAAGCAAGAGUGCUGGCUCUGUGCCAUCGAGCGGUGCCAGUUGUAGUGCGUCUUCGAUCAGCAGAUCGGACGCAUUGGACGCAGAUUCUUCGUUUGCGGACGACGACGAUUCACCGAAUUGCGUUAUGCCUCCAUCCGUCCGCGAAGAGAGGAAAAAGAAGAAGAAACAGCACAAACCAAGGGAGCUCAGCAACAAGAGCAAGCGUCUUGUUCAAUGGAACGUUGCGCUACUUGUCAAGAUUCUCCAGAAAGUCGUAAGCGGCAGAAAGAGUUACAAGGUCAAAGACCCAGAUGGUCUCAGAGAGCUCGAACAACGAUUGGUUCAACAACACACCGUGUUGGGUGAGGUCGAGGAGGUCAUUCAUGUGUCGAAGUCCGUCGACGAGCGAAAGCCUUCGAUGAAGAAGAGCGAUACAAAACGGGACAUACAUGGCGUGGUAGAGAUUCCACAGGACGUUGUCGCCCAGUUGACCGAUUACGUUUCAAGGAUUGCACUCCUGCACCCUGACAAUCAUUUCCACAACUUUGAACAUGCGAGCCAUGUGACCAUGAGUACGAGCAAGCUCUUGUCCAGGAUCGUGAACGUUGACGAAACCGAGUCCAAGGCGGCGUCAACGUUCAACGCCGGUGACGUUCAGCUAUCGAGCCAGCGUCGUCAUGCGCACGGUACAAGUUAUGGGAUUACCUCCGAACCACUGACCCAAUUCUCAGUGGUUUUUGCUGCGCUGAUCCAUGACGUGGACCAUCCAGGGGUAUCCAACGCCAUUUUAGCCACGGAAGAGCCCGAAGUUGGCGACAAGUACAAGAACAAGAGUGUUGCCGAGCAAAAGUCCUUGGACAUUGCCUUUACGUUGCUGAUGGAAGACGACUUUCGGGAUCUGAGGCACUUGAUCUACACGAACGAGAAGGAGUUGAUGCAAUUCCGCCAGUUGAUGGUGAAUUCUGUGAUUGCGACAGAUAUUUUCGAUCGGGAGCACAGCGCUUUCCGGAAAGCCCGUUGGGCGAAAGCCUUUGCCGAAGGAGAGUCCAUUGCUGGCCUCGAGAACGAGGAGGCCUCGGAAAAAUUAAGUAUCGAUCGCAAGGCAACGAUUGUGAUUGAGCAUCUCAUUCAAGCGUCGGAUGUGAGCCACACGAUGCAACAUUGGCAUGUGUACCAAAAGUGGAAUUCUCGAUUAUUCGAAGAGAUGUUUGAGGCGUUUAGGAGCGGUCGUUCGACAUCGAAUCCAGCCGAGAACUGGUACAAGGGAGAGCUUUGGUUUUUCGACAACUAUGUGAUCCCAUUGGCAAAAAAGUUGGAGACUUGUGGUGUGUUUGGUGUCUCGUCGGAUGAGUUUUUGAACUAUGCGAAUGAGAACCGCAAGGAGUGGGCUCAAAAAGGGGAGGAAAUCGUGUCCGAGUUGGUGGCAAAGAUUGACAAGAUGUCGGAUGAGGAUGCGAUGCAGUCGUCUCGGCACAUGCGCCAUGACUAG